AUGGGUCUGGAGGACGACGGCUCUGCCAUCUCCGGAAACCGGAAGUCUGCAGAAUCGCGUCGCUUCCUGGCCCUGGCCGAGUCUCUGGUGUCCAGAGUCAGCGUCCCUAUUUCAGCUACCGUUCUCCUCGCCAAGCAGGAUCAUGACGCCUCGUCGUUGGGAAGCAGUGAGGACGCAAACCUCCUACUGGUCCGGGUUACCGCCAACCUCUUCGCCGAGUCUGCGCUCCAGGGUCUCGUUCCGGGUCAAGAGGUCGCUUUCCACAACGCCACGGGCGGUCUUGGGACGGCGGGCGGCGGAGCAAGGUCUCAACGCCAUCUUUACGACCAGCGCUGA